UCCAUGUGUGGGACCGCCCUUCCCAACAACCCUCCUUAUGUAACACAAUAAUCAGCAUUUGGACUUUGGUUUCUUUUCCACACGGACGCCGGUCCAGAGCAGACUCAAGAGAACAUUUCUCCACCGCUUCUGAGAUUUCAAAGGUCGUUUCGAUGGGGAGCGUCACGGGCGUUUCCUCUCUGCUUCUGGUGGCGACCGUGUCCAUCCUGACGAGCUCCGGCGUGCAGGGCGGAAAGAUUCUGGUGUUCCCGGUGGAUGGAAGCCACUGGGUCAACAUGAACCUGCUAAUCCAGAGCCUCCACUCCAGGGGCCACGAGGUCACCGUGGUGCGCACGGCCACCAGCUGGUACGUCAAAGAACACGCUCCGCAUUACCGCUCCCUCACCGUCGCCUUGCCGUCGGCCAUCAGCAUCGAGCAGGAGGACUUCUUCGUGACCUUCCUGGUCAAGAUGCUGGCGAUUCACAAAGAGGGGGCGACUCUCAGCGGCUUUGUGAAGUUCUACUGGGAGAUGCUCGGCACGCUGUCGAACAUUCACCGACAGGCCAGCCUGUUGGCCGUGGAAAUGUUCGAGAACAAGACUCUGAUGCAGAGUAUUCGUGACACUCAGUUUGACGUGGUUCUCCUGGACCCGGGGCUGCCGGUCGGGGUUCUGGUGGCUCACGAACUUAAGCUGCCGACUGUUUUUAAUGUGAGAUGGAUCACCAGUGGGGAGGGACAUUUUGUGGUGGCUCCAUCUCCAACAUCCUAUGUCCCAAUGUCAGGAUACGCCGUAUCAGAUAAGAUGACCUUUGGGCAGCGGGUCAAGAAUACAUUCCAAUAUUUUCUCAACACGUGCAUUGACAGGUUUAUAGUAUGCCCUCAUUAUGAUAGACUGGUAGAUCGGUACUUUGGUCCAGAUGUGAAGUUCUAUGACCUUCUACAAGGAGCAGACAUCUGGCUCAUGAGGGUGGACUUUGUCUUUGAAUUCCCCAGACCCACCAUGCCAAACAUCGCCUACAUUGGUGGUUUCCAGUCAACGCCUUCUAAGCCUCUAUCUUCAGAGCUGGAGGAGUUUGUUCAAAGUUCAGGAGAGCACGGCUUCAUCCUGAUGUCUCUUGGCACACUGGUGAAUGGCCUCCCUGAAGAAAUCACCUCUGAAAUCGCUGCUGCUUUUGCCCAACUUCCUCAAAAGGUCAUAUGGAGGCAUGCCAUGAAGCCCCCAAAAAAUGUGGGCAACAACACCCUACUGGUGAAGUGGAUGCCCCAGAACGACCUCUUGGGUCACCCAAAGAUAAAAGCCUUUGUGGCUCACGGUGGUACCAACGGGAUCUACGAAUCCAUGUACCACGGGGUGCCGAUAAUAGGCAUACCCCUUCUGUUUGACCAGUUUGAGAACGUGUUGAGGUUGGAGGAGCGAGGCGCCGCCAAGGCGGUGGAUGCGACCCAACUCACUCGUCAGAGCUUUCUGGAAGCGAUACAAGAAGUUCUUCACAAUCCCUCCUACGGAACUAACAUGAAGCGUCUCUCUGCUCUCCAUCGGGACAAACCCAUGCAUCCUCUGGAAACGGCCCUUUACUGGGUCGAGUUUGUCAUGAGGCACAAAGGAGCUUCACACUUACGCACUGAGUCCUACAGGAUGCCCUGGUACGCCUUUUAUUCUGUGGAUGUUGUGUGCUUUCUGAUCGCGGUUGUGUUGACGCUGACGGCCGUUGUAGUGGGAUCAAUCCGAUUCCUUUGCCUUCGACUGUGCGGGAGGAGAAAAACCAAAAAGGAGUAGGUUCUGACUGCCCACGUUAUUAGCUCACAUUACAAUGAAGAAGUCUUGUUAAACAACAGGGCUGGUGAUGCUCUGUACUCCAUAUCACACAGGUGUAGUAGUGCCGUUGCUCCAGUCGGCGGCAUUAUCGGUCGGUAGGUCUGAUGGUCCACCACUGUGGUCGGGACCGAAAGCACUUAGCAACUAUUGGAUGGGUUGCCAUGCAAUAUCGCCAAGACAAUCACGUUCCCCAGAGGAUGCAUUCCUCAUCUGUUUGGUGAUCUACGUUUUGAGUGAAUUGUCUCAACAACUUUUUGAUGGAUUUGUAGUUAAAUAUCCCACAGAUGUUCAUGCCAAGAGGAUAGUUCCUAAUUAUUGUUGUCCCCUCUUUUUGUGAGAAAACGUUUCCCUCGAAACGUGAUUAAAAAUGCAGUUUUGUUGCGUGGGAAGUUCAUUGUUAGGAGAGCGGGUGGGAGUGAAUACCUCAAACAUCUAAACAGAUUCAUGGUAACAAACAAACACAAAGAAUACAAAUGGGAUUGAGCUCAAGAUGCUUAAUUUGUUUGGGGACGAACGUGUAAAUGUUUUGGAGCUUCUAAUUAUCUAAAGUGUCGGAUCAGAACAAUCAAAACUUUUUGCAAAUUUUUCAUUAUUGCAUUCAUCAAAUGUAGAAAAUUAGUUGUAUUUGUGUGUGUGGAUCAACUGCGUUGUAAACUGUAUUUACUUCCAAAUGAUAAACGGAUAUUUUUAGUUUCACUAUUAUUGUUUACUAAGUGUUUGAAUGGUCUAACUCAUGCAAAAUGUCCAAAAACACACACUUACCUGUUUACUUUUAUACGGAUCAACGUUUCAAAAUAAAAGCUCUGUUGUGUAUUAUCUUGGUAUUUGUACUUGAACAUGCAGUCUGUCAUACCUGAAGAAACCUAUACUUG